AUGGACUAUCAAAUAUUUUCACUCAUUGUCGUAUUAUUCAAUGUGUUUAUCAUUCAUAUUCAAAUAACAAUAGGUAAUAAUUAUCGUUUAGGUAUUGUUAAUUAUAAUACAGUUUGGUUUCAUUAUUGUAAUAAUCAAACAAAAGAACAAAUAUUUAUACCUGUACCAAAUAGUGAAAAAUUAAUUGAACAUAAAUGUCAAUUAAAACAUAAUAAUUAUGAAUUAAUAUAUAUAACACCAGCUGAAAUUGACUUUACAUUUGUAUGUCGUACUACUAAACCUUUACCAUGGAUUAUUAUUGAUUUAUAUCAAUAUGUAACUAUAAAUGAUUAUAAAAAAAUUCAUGUUGAUAUUAUAUUAAAUAAACAAAUAAAUAUAACAAAACGUUUUAUUGAACAUGUUAAUUAUACAAAUCGUUUUGUUGAUAUAACAGCAUUUGUUAUUCAUUUUGAAUAUAUUGAAAUGAUAAAAUAUUUACCGUUAGAUAUUACAGUAAUAUUAACAACAGAAGAUAAUUUAACAAAAUGUUUAUUUUAUUUAUAUGAAAAAGAGAUAUGGAAAUCAAUUAUGGACAAUUGUAAUAUGAAACAAUCAAAAACACUUCAUGUUCUCAAUGCAACAUGUCAUUUUUAUGUUGAACAGUCAAUAUCUGACGAUAGUAAUAGUGGACAAAGUCACAACACAAAUCUUGAUUUAAGUCCAUCUGAACAUUAUCAUAGAGAAUUACAACACUACGCUCACAUACAUCAAAUACCAAAUGCUAUCAAUUCGGAACAAAGACGAAUAGAAUUUAACAAAAAUACAAUAAAUUACGAAUCUAUCACAGAAAAACCGUCAAAGUUAUCAGACAAUCAUAAUCAAAUAUAUCCUCGAUUAGAAACGACUGAAUCCAUACUUGUAAACAAUAUUGACAAUAGUACUACUAACAAUCGUUCGUUAACAAAUGUCUUAUUAUCAGCUGUUAAUAAUAAUGACAUCCGUCGAGAAGAAACAUUAAAUAUUGCUACUAUUAACGUCACAAUACCAUACCUCUCACAAUCACGUUCAAGUUCACAACAAGACUUUCGUUACCAAAAUUUCGAGAAAAUAACAGCAACUCUACCGUUAUCCUCGACAACAGUAACUACCGAUGCACGUAUCAUUCCAUACAAUUAUAAUCGCAAGAAUUUGUCCUACCACGAAGAAGAGCAACAUCAUCCAUAUAUAUGGCCUCCGAGAACUAAUCUUUCAACAGUUCAAUGGCAGCCAUAUCUUAUUAGAUAA